AUGCUUCCAUUGUUGCGGAUCUCCCGACCUAGCGGCCAUUUCAGCCUGACAUCUUCCCCGAGUCCCGGCCCUUCUUCAGGUUCUACUAUCCUGACUAGCCCUUCUUUAUCUAUCUCAGUUGCCUCCUCCACGACAGGUGGCAACUCUGUUAUCACACCGACUAACCCGACUGCUGGAAGUGUUGCGUUACGCCGGCCAUUCGGACGAAACAGUCCAGCAGUGCCCAGCAUAGUUUCAAAUAAUGGAUUAUCUGGUAGCUCAGGGGGUGGCAGUUCUAUUAACGAAGGCUCCCCCGAGUCGGGACUUGGAUAUACUAUGGACUCGCAAACAUCUGGGAUAUCUUCUUCUCAAAGUAAGCAGAUAUCUCGGAACUCCAUGCCUCAAGUACUCUUGUUGGCUAGUUCACUAGAAGCUGCGUCCCUAGGUGGAAGUACUGGCGGCAUUGGCAGCAGUAGUGGAGGCAGCCAAGUUGGACAUCUGGCUGGUCUGAGACAAACUACGGGAGGUGCCGUCACCCCAAUGAUGAACGAUUCUGUCAGCGGUAUCUGUAAUGGUGGUGGAAGUAAUAGUAGUGGGGGCACUGGAUCUGUAACGCCUUUUACCAACUGUCUGGAGUCAUUGGUCUACACUAAGUGGACUGGCCCAGCAAAUUAUGACUCGACGGAGACCAGUAGAGAGGGAGCACAAAUCACCCAGUUCUCGGGCCGAUCCCCUGGCCAGACCAAUCUCCAUCAGCACCACCGCCACCAGCAUCAUCACCCACAGCAUCAACAACAGAAAAAUCAGCACCGACAACAGCACAACCCCUGCUUAAACCAGCAUGCACAAGCUCAUGGACAUUCACAUUCAUACGCCAACCUGAUAGGCCACCACAAAGGUCAGAAUAAUGAAGGGCAGCAGCAUCAGCAGCUGUCUCAUUUCCAUCACCAUCAUCAUCCUCAGCAUCAAAACCAUCCUACGCGCCAUCAACAGUCGAUACCAAUUACAUCCUCCCCUCCGACGCCCAUUCAUUUGCCCCAGCUAGUGCAGUUGUACGAGCGUGCUCCUGGGUCGCAAAACGGUUGCUAUGGUCCACCACAUGAAGCAAGUCAAGAGCUUCGCUGCACUCCAGAGGAAAAAGUUGUCAGCGUCAUUGGAGGCCUUAAGGCUAAGGCUUUGUUGGAUGUCCGCUGA